AUGCUCAGGCGUAGCAUUGUCCAUAGCAGACAUGCACUGAGGUCAUGCAAUACAACUCAGAGGGUGUGCGGGAGCGGUAGCAAUGCCUUUGGACAGAAUAAAUUCAUUGGCUCUUCACCUACAAGCUUCAACGAACAACCAAGUCCUACAAACUCAUCACCUUCCACUUCUCCAUCAAAAGCACAAUUUGCCGUCUACACACCUCGCUCCACCGAAAAGAAAAUCCAUGCUCCAUCUCACUACAGGAAAACUCGCAUUAGUCGGAAUCGCAAAAAUCACCCUCUAAUAGCAAAAUUGCAAGAGCAGAUCGCUGCACGUAAUUUAGACGACGUCACUGAAACAUGGAAAAAGGUUGUACAGCAGCGAAUGGCAUCUGAUGUGAGCGGAGAUAUACGUUUCACUUUAGUCAAGUUUGUCAGCAGUAUCGAAUCUGAUCACAGUACAUCAACUGUACUUUCGUUAUUCAGUGACUUUCGCGCAAUAUCCGAUUGGAAAUAUGCAACAUUGGUUUUGAGAUCUCUCAUCGAUCGAGGAGAAAAUCAGAAGGUGUGGGAGUAUGUGCAAUCAUCUGUAUUGCCUGACCGAUCUAGCAUACCACCGUCCGUCCCUCCUUCAGCCUACGAGGGUUUAAUUAUUUGUGCUUGUUUUGCAGCAGCAUCUUUGCCCGAUUCUCCAUAUAAACGGAUCGCUAACCUUGUUGGUCAACUCAAACCCAUCUGGUCAAAGCUGAAGAUUACUGCCAGAAAGAAGGCGGACCGAGUACAUGGAACUCCUUUACACAGUGACAUCACAUCUGACCGACUAUCAGCUUUCAAGGUGCAAGACAAGACCAAAGAAAAGGCCGCUUCGAUAUAUCAGCAUGCAGUUUUGGGUUGGGGAUUAAAUUAUUCUGAUGAACAUACUGGGGCGAACGUCAAUUUGCUCUCACGUAGAAUCACUGGUGCCUGCAAUUCAGGCUACUUUUCCACAUUGGAACAGUGGUUGAACAUUCUUCCGCAAGCACACAAUGAAUGGCUCACAAUGUCGUUCGAUGGAAAGAAACAAUCAAAUUGGACCGACUUUACUUGGGCUUCUCUUUUGCAAGGUCUAAUCGCACACAGAAAGACAGAAAUAGCAGGACGUGCGUGGGAGCUAUACCUCAAGAUGAAACCUAAGAACGAGGCUGUUGAAGCAGGUGUUUGGAAUGGGCUUUUGCAGGGUUAUAGUGCAGCUGGCCAAUGGGACCAGGCUCGUACGGUACGAAAUCAAAUGAUUGAGCAAAAUGCCAAACAAGAUCAAUAUACAUUCACGACCUUGAUCACGAUGAACUUCAAAGCACGAACACCUGAUGAGGCUUUUUUCACGUUUGAAGAGCUGAAAGAUUGGUGUAGAGAACAAAAGCAAACGGUGAACCCUGCUGCGAUGAACGCAAUGGUACUUGGAUAUUGUCUGAACAAUAAUACAGAAGAGGCUGAAGAGUUGAUCAAUAGAAUGAUCAAAGGUGAGGAUGAGUUGCUUCCUCCUCCAAACAUUUCAACGAUGAACACCAUGCUACGCACACACGCAAGACGUGACAAUAUGGCAGGAAUCGAGGAGAUUCUGCGUGUCAUCGGACAAUUGAAUCUAGAGCCUGAUGCGUAUACGUUCACGACAGUGAUGGAUGCUUUUACACGUAUGGGACACGGAAAGUAUACGGGAGAAGUGUAUGAUCUCAUGAUGAAGGAAGGCAUCAAAGGAAGCGAGGUGACACUUUCUGCAGUAAUAAAAGAUGCCUUGACUUCGUUUGACGGGGUCACUCCAAUUCGCUUUGAAUUCGCAUUCUCUACUCUACGUAGAAUGGAAUUGAAAGGACCUCAUCCUACUCAAGUUACCUAUACAAAUUUAAUCUCUGGCUUACUCAACAACGCGGAUCUAUUUGGCGAUUUCGUACGCAAAGGUGGCUUGGCGAAUGGAUAUACCCGGCAAGAAAUUGUAGAGGCCAAGGUUGUCGAACCAGAAUUGCUUGAAGUCCUCUUUAAGAAUCGACCCGAGAUCGUAUUGAGUCUCUUGCUAAUGAAACGCAUGCAAAUUAUGAAGCUGCAACCGAAUCGUAUAACGUACAACACGUUUUUGAAUGGUCUCUUGAGCCAAUCGCCUUUUGAUGAAGAAGAACAAGCUCGACCAUCGGAAGAGGUAGCGGCAAUGGACGUUUGGUCUUUGCGGAAAGUUGGCACACUGUUACAUGAAAUGAUUGAAGUUCAAUCGAUCGACCUAAAGGAGAAUACUGUGGCCAUCUGUGGAGAAGCAUGCUGCAGUUCAAGCGGAAUUGCAGAAAACAUUUGCGAUUUAUAA